AUGGACGAGACUAAGAUUGUGCGCACAGGAGUGCUGUACAAGAAGGGUAAGAAGGUGGGCGUGUUCGGCCGCGACAACUGGAAUCCCCGGUACUGUGUCUUGACGUGGUCGAAGCUCCAGUACUACACGUGCGAAGGAGGCACGUUGAAAGGCGAGGUGGACUUGACUCGAUGCAGUCAAGACGCCAUUGCCGUCAUGCCAAACGACUGCCAGAAGACAGGGCGGUCAGCCUCCUCCAUCUGGCGAGUUGCUAUCACCACGCCCCAGCGCCGAUUCUUGAUAGCAGCCCCGACGGAAUUCGACAUGCGAGACUGGAUACGAGACUUGGUCAAGGUCACAACGCGGCACGAACAGUCUCCUGCAGGCACAGAAACCCAAGUAUUCCGACUAGAACAACCUCAUCUUCGCCCCCUCUUGCUCGAGUCGUAUGACGUGUUGGCGAAAACCAACCGCCGCAAUAUCUCGCUCGUUCCAGGGCAACUCCAUCUUCGACGGGAGCUGCGGAUGGCCCACCACCAAGACGACAAGUCGACGCACGACAUUAUUUAGCAACUCUAAUACACAACGGUAUUGAUUUUGGUCCA